AUGACGAGCUACGAGACAAGUCUCGACUUCCGCCGCAAUGUCACGGGGGAAGACCUGCAUCUGACGGGCUGGUACAACUACUUUCCGUCCGUGAACUCGACGUACUGUGAACCGACGGACGAGGCGUGCGGUCGGUGUCAUGACCUCGUCCAAAGUGGCAGCUGGACAAACCAGUCAUUCGACUGGCGGGACACGGACAGGAACGUGUCGAUGGACGUGAUGCGGCACUUUUGUGAAGGACUCGACGGGUGUGUUUGUGUCAUGGCUUGUGAGGCGGACAACUGGGAGGCUAAUAUGCCGCCUGCGUGCGGAAACGAGGGCAUUACGUCGAACAACGACAAGAAUGCGGCGUCGGAAGGCGUGACCAGCUACAGCUCUAUGUUAAUUUUCUACCUCGUACUGCAAGUGACGCUGCUGGCUGUUUAUAUGUACAAACGAGGAAUUUGUCGACGGAUGACGCAAGCGCUACCACCACCUCCGCGGCCAGAAGGGCCGUACAAUAAUGUCAAUGCUAUAUCAUGUCCAUCACAUCGACUGCGGCUUUCAGGAUGGAGGAAAACACAAAGCGCGCUGAUUGAAAGCGAGAAUAAGCAACGCGCUUUUGUGUCUCAGCAGCCGCAGUGCAUUGCGUCACCUCGUGUUGAAGGUGCAGCGGCUCAAGCUGAAGCCAGCUAUAACCAGACACUAUCGCUGUCAUCUGAAGUCUCACUACGAGAUAGUGAAACAGCACGAGCUGCAUACGUGGAGGUGCAGGAGUGCCUGAACCAGGGGCAGAACAGUUGCUUUUCCGGUGCUAUGCAGGCAGCUGACAAUAGUGGCGACGUUGUUGUCAAUGAAGUCAGUUGCGUGGAGACGAGAGCAGAAGGAGCAGUCCCGCGGACCGAAAGUGUAUCGUCAUGUGUCGCAAUACUUUCAACAAGUACGCGUAAUGUGGCAUCAUAG